AUGCGAACUCUUCCGUUGGCGGAUCAGGCAAAGAUCCUUCGAAAGAGAAAUUCAUCAGACAGGCUCGUGUCAAUGAUCGGGGCUUUGUUGGUGCGCUACGUAUUGCUACAGAAUAACUGGUCGGCCGAAAAUUGGCACUCGCUUGCUUUUCAGACGGGAGACCUUGGCAAGCCGUACGUUGAAAACUCAAAAUUCAAGUUUAAUCAUUCCGACGAAAAGCAUAUAGUGGCUGUGGCGAUCGAUUUUCAAGGUGUGUCAGAAAUUGGGAUUGAUCUUGCGAAUCCCGAGGACGUGGGCGACCCGCGCGAGUUUCUGGUUCAUUUUCGACCGAUUUUCUCGGACUUGGAACUAGAACAGAUCGACGCGACGAUAAGCGCUCUUCCUCCAGGUUCCCAACAACAGUAUCUGUCGCUAUAUUGGGCGCUCAAAGAAAGCUACGCUAAGUUCAAAGGGGUCGGGCUGCACGGCAACCUGCAGAAAUAUGAGUUCCUAAACGUCUCGCCGCCAACACCCGUUCCGCAGCAAAUUUCCGUCGCAGACGAGCGCGCAGUCUACAAAUUGCUCCCCCACGAUACAAUCUGCAGCGUGGUGUCCUCUCGCACUGGGGUCCCGGACUUUGUAAAGGUGGACGGAGCCGAUAUGAUUGAUUACGCUAAUUUGUUUGGAUACGGACUAAGAAGAAUGUCUACGAUCAAAGUUGGUGAUCAAUUGCCUCCAGCAACUUUGUAUGAAAAGGGCCCUGAUGAUAAGGUCGACAUUUUGAAGGAAUUGAAGGGCAAGCAGGCCCUUAUUGUCGGAGUUCCUGGCGCCUUCUCGGGCCCUUGCUCCGAGGUCCACAUUCCUGGUUAUCUCAACAAGCUGCCGGACUUUAUCUCCAAAGGUUACAGAAAUCUCGUGGUGAUCAGUGUCAACGACCCAUUUGUGGUGAGUGCCUGGCGCAACAGUUUCGGUCUGAAGCCUGAAUCGCCAAACGUUUCCUUCUUUGCGGACUCGAAGGCGGAGUUUGUCAAAGCAUUGGGCCUGGAUUUUGACGCCACUGAGAUUUUCGGUAACGUGCGUGGUUGCCGAAUUUGUGGAGCCUCAAAACACCCCGGUUGA